AAUUCAGCAAUUAAGAAGUUCUUUCUUAUUCAGGUUAGCCAAUACACGUUUGCAAUGUGCAGUUACAGAGAAAAGAAGUCUGAGCCUCAGGAACUGAUGCAACUCGAAGGGUACACUGUGGAUUAUACAGCUCCUCACACAGGUCUUCAGGGUGGUCGAAUGUUUUUCAAUGCUGUUAAAGAAGGCGAUACCGUGAUAUUUGCGAGUGACGAUGAGCAAGAUAGAAUACUCUGGGUUCAAGCUAUGUACAGAGCCACAGGUCAAUCAUAUAAGCCUGUUCCUGCAAGUCAAGCUCAGAAGAUGAAUCCUAAAGGAGGAAAUGUCAACACAGAUAUAUCCCCACUUUCUGGCAAAGAUACAGACCGUGGUCAGAAACAUGGCAUGGAUGAGUUUAUUUCUGCUAAUCCCUGCAAAUUUGACCAUGCUUCCCUCUUUAGACUGCUUCAGAGGCAGACCUUGGAUCACAGAUUGAAUGACUCCUAUUCUUGUUUGGGUUGGUUUAGCCCAGGUCAAGUCUUCGUAUUAGACGAAUACUGUGCUCGCUAUGGAGUGAGAGGCUGUCACCGCCAUCUGUGCUAUCUCAAUGAAUUGAUUGAACAUUCAGAAAAUGGUUCUGUCAUUGAUCCAACCUUGCUCCACUACAGUUUUGCGUUUUGUGCUUCUCAUGUUCAUGGCAACAGGCCCGAUGGAAUUGGAACAGUAUCUGUUGAAGAGAAAGAAAGGUUUGAGGAAAUUAAGGACAGACUUUCCUCCCUUUUAGAAAACCAAAUAAGCCAUUUCAGAUACUGUUUCCCUUUUGGACGUCCUGAAGGAGCUUUAAAAGCCACACUUUCAUUACUUGAAAGGGUUUUAAUGAAAGAUAUUGCCACUGUCAUACCAGCAGAAGAGGUGAAGAAAGUGGUUAGAAAAUGUCUGGAGAAGGCUGCCUUGAUCAAUUACACUCGACUUACAGAAUAUGCCAAAAUAGAAGCAACAGCAGAAAAGGACUCAGAAACCAUGAACCAAGCAACACCUGCUAGAAAACUGGAAGAGGUUCUUCACCUUGCAGAACUCUGUAUUGAAGUAUUGCAGCAAAAUGAAGAACAUCAUUCAGAGGCAUUCGCAUGGUGGCCAGAAUUAUUGGCUGAGCAUGCAGAGAAGUUUUUGUCUCUUUAUUCUGUUGAUAUGGAUUCAGCACUCGAGGCACAGCCACAGGACUCCUGGGACAGCUUCCCACUUUUCCAGCUGCUGAAUAACGCCCUCAGGAAUGACACAUUUUUGUGCAAUGGAAAGUUUCACAAGCACUUGCAAGAAAUUUUUGUUCCCAUGGUCAUCCGCUACAUCGAUCUCAUGGAAUCAUCAAUUGCCCAGUCCAUUCACAGAGGUCUUGAACAAGAGUCAUGGCAACCUGUCAAGAGCAUCACCAACAGUCUUCCUAAUGUAGCUCUUCCAAAAGUUCCAAGUUUGCCUCUUAAUCUUCCACAAAUACCUAGCUUUACUACACCAACCUGGAUGACUUCUUUGUAUGACUCCACGUGUGUAUUCUUCAAUAACCUUCUGACU